AUGAUUGAUCCUAGUUCUAGUGAGGAAGAGGGCGAAGAAGAUCCCAUAGUAAAUGUGUCAACUAAAAGCCGUCUUGCAGUACCGCCUAAGUCUGCGGGAGGCAUUACUGUAGCAAGUGGUACUUCAAGUCCCGCGGUUGGAUCUAACAUUCCCGUAUCUGGAUCUAACGGUGAUUUUGAUGGAAACCAUAGGGCAUCUAAUGCCAUUGCUGUUGUAAAUCGAACUGAUGUUGGAAAUGUUGGUGUCGGGGGGGCAAUGGUCCCAGGCCCAUCAAAAAAUGACCAAGUACAUGGUAAUCGCGCCGAAGGGGGUAACCUUGAGGUUCCAAACAACGGCAUUCCCAGUGGUGUUUCGCAAGAAACAUUAAAUCAGAGCAUCGGAUCGUCGAGGGCCAACUCACUGCCACGACCUGUGUCACCAUCACCAUCUGUUAACAGCGAUAAGCCUGAAACAGGAGACCCACAUGAUAAACAUGAACGCGAGGAGGAAGAACGCAAACGCCGAAUUCAGCUGUACGUAUUUAUAUCACGAUGUAUUUCGUAUCCGUUUAAUGCUAAACAGCCUACGGAUAUGACAAAACGGCAACCAAAAAUUACGAAACAACAAUUAGAGAUAAUUACCCAACGAUUCCAGUCAUUUCUUAAGGGAGAAACACAAAUAAUGGCGGACGAGGCAUUUCAAAAUGCUGUACAGAGUUACCAUGAUGUGUUUUUAAAGUCGGAGCGUGUUCUAAAAAUGGUUCAAUCCGGAGCAUCUUCGCAGCACGAUUUUCGAGAAGUAUUCCGCAAUAAUAUUGAGAAACGUGUGAGAUCUUUACCAGAGAUAGAUGGGCUGAGUAAAGAAACGGUUUUAACUUCUUGGAUGGCAAAAUUUGACAUUAUAUUAAAGGGCAGUGGCGAAGAGGAUUCAAAAAGACCGUCACGCAUGCAGCAGUCCCUAAACAGCGAGUUAAUUCUUUCUAAGGAGCAAUUGUACGACAUGUUUCAGCAAAUAUUGUCUGUAAAAAAAUUUGAGCAUCAAAUUCUGUUUAACGCCUUGAUGUUGGAUUCGGCAGAUGAACAAGCAGCAGCAAUACGUCGGGAAUUGGAUGGACGAAUGCAACGGGUUGGAGAAAUGGAAAAAAAUCGUAAACUUAUGCCCAAAUUUGUUCUCAAAGAAAUGGAGUCUCUUUAUAUUGAGGAGUUAAAGUCAUCUAUAAAUUUAUUAAUGGCAAAUCUUGAGUCACUUCCAGUAUCGAAAGGUAAUAUGGACAGUAAAUAUGGACUACAAAAGUUAAAACGCUAUAACCAUAGUACACCGUCAUUUUUGAAACUGAUAUUGCGCUCCCAUGGCUCUCUAUCUAAACUGGAGGGCGACUCAGAAGAUGGUUCUACACAAUUAACAAAGUUAGACGUUGUACUUACCUUUCAACUAGAAGUCAUUGUAAUGGAAGUUAAGGGUCUUAAAUCGCUUGCUCCUAAUCGUAUUGUUUAUUGCACGAUGGAAGUUGAGAAUGGCGAAAAGCUUCAAACGGACCAAGCAGAGGCAUCAAAACCAAUGUGGGACACUCAAGGCGAUUUUACUACUACACAUCCAUUACCUGUUGUCAAAGUGAAGCUUUAUACAGAAAACCCUGGAAUGUUGGCGUUAGAGGAUAAAGAAUUGGGGAAAGUAACCCUGAGACCUACUCCACUGUCAUCCAAAUCACCAGAAUGGCACCGUAUGAUUAUACCAAAGAAUUUGCCAGAUCAAGAUAUACGUAUUAAAAUAGCAUGCAGACUCGAUAAACCAUUAAAUAUGAAACAUUGUGGGCAUCUUUAUGCAAUUGGCAAAUCUGUUUGGAAAAAGUGGAAGCGACGCUAUUUUGUGUUAGUUCAAGUUUCCCAGUACACAUUUGCAAUGUGUAGUUACAAAGAGAAAAAAUCAGAGCCGUCUGAGAUGAUGCAGCUUGAUGGAUAUACGGUAGAUUACAUCGAGGCAGCUAGCGCUAAUCUUAUGUUCGGCAUCGAUUUAAAUGGUGGUCGUUAUUUCUUUAAUGCUGUUCGCGAGGGUGAUAGCAUAUCAUUUGCUUGCGAUGAUGAGAACGAGUGUAGCCUGUGGGUUAUGGCAAUGUACAGGGCCACCGGCCAAUCUCAUAAACCUACGCCACCGAUCACUCAGGAUAAAAAUUCAGCUAUGUCGAAAAUACAAGGUGAUGCAGAUAAAGCACGAAAGCAUGGCAUGGAGGAUUAUAUAAGUGCUGAUCCUUGUACAUAUGACCAUGCUACGCUUUUUAAAACUUUACAAAACUUAACGCUUGAAUAUCGGCUUAACGAUCCGUACGCAUCUCUGGGAUGGUUUAGUCCUGGUCAAGUUUUUGUUUUAGAUGAAUAUUGCGCACGCUAUGGAGUACGCGGAUGCUAUAGACACUUAUGUUAUCUUUCUGACCUAUUGGAUCGGGCUGAAAAACAGCACAUGAUAGACCCGACGCUUAUUCACUAUUCAUUUGCAUUUUGCGCUAGUCAUGUCCACGGAAAUAGACCUGAUGGAGUGGGAAGCAUUACUCACGAAGAGAAAGAGAAGUUUGCCGAGAUCAAAGAACGCCUACGUCAGUUACUCGAGUUUCAAAUAACCAAUUUUAGAUAUUGCUUUCCUUUUGGUCGUCCCGAAGGUGCAUUAAAAGCAACAUUAUCCCUAUUAGAGAGAGUAUUGAUGAAAGAUAUAGUCACCCCGGUUCCACCUGAAGAGGUUCGACAAAUGAUUAAAAAAAGCUUAGAGACAGCUGCUCUUGUAAAUUACACACGACUGUCUAAUAAAGCAAAAAUUGAAGAUGAUUUGCGUGGAGAAAUUAUUGUACCGCCACCAAAAAAACUAGAAGACUUAAUUCACCUAGCCGAACUUUGCGUUGAUUUGCUACAACAAAACGAAGAACAUUAUGGAGAACUGCGCAGACAUGAUAAAGUGGAAAAAAUUAAAACGCGUAAGGAAGAUGGCGAUGUUUCAGGAGAACACAAUAUCAGCGAACUUGGUUCCGCCGCCAGUCAUGGAAUCAUUGGCAAAACUGAACAGGCAAUAGCUGCAGGGACUUCCACUGAUGGAUCAUCAUUUCGUUACUGUAUGCCAACACACGCGGUCUACACAUCGCCAGUACCAACGGCAUUUGCUUGGUUUAGCGACCUGCUGGUCGAACAUGCGGAAAUAUUUUGGUCUCUUUUCGCAGUUGACAUGGACCGAGUUUUAUCCGAGCAAGCUCCUGAUACAUGGGAUUCGUUUCCUUUAUUUCAAAUUCUUAAUGAUUAUUUAAGGGCAGAUGAUAACUUGCGCAAUGGUCGCUAUCAUCAACACCUUCGCGACACUUUUGCACCAUUAGUUGUGCGAUAUGUGGAUCUUAUGGAAUCUUCAAUAGCCCAAUCGAUACAUAAAGGAUUUGAAAAAGAACGCUGGGAGAGCAAAGGGAUUAACGCUGCUUUGAACCCUGCAGCAUUAAACAAUGCAGCCCAGGCGCUCAAUACAGCGGCCCUCAACCCAUCAACGCUACUUAGCGGCAAGAAAGAUCAAGUAAAUUUUUAUGUGCCGAAGCUACCAAGGCAAUCAGUUGCAACAGCCGCCGUCGACGAUAUGAGAAAUGGGUGUGCUACUUCCGAGGAUCUCUUUUGGAAGCUAGACGCACUACAGUCCUUCAUAAGGGAUCUGCACUGGCCAGAUGCUGAGUUUCGACAACAUUUAGAACAGCGGUUAAAAAUGAUGGCAGUUGAUAUGAUUGAGCAGUGCAUACAACGAACUGAUUCGUCUUUUCAGUCAUGGCUGAAAAAAAAUGUUGCUUUCAUAUCAACGGACUAUAUUAUACCAUCCGAGAUGUGCGCUAUGGUUAAUGUGAUAUUAGAUGCUAAAAAUCAAAGCUUUAAACUGACGACUAUUGAUGGCAUUGACUUGUAUAAAUUCCAUGCAAAAAUCGACGACCAAAUCGACAAAGCGAAUGUAGCGAUGACACAAGGGCUAAGUGGUAAACUUAUGUCAGUGCUAGAGUCGACUUUGUCAAAAUUAGCUCGAUACGACGAAGGAAGCUUGAUUGGUUCAAUUCUCAGUUUCACAAAUGUUUCGAGCUCUGGAAAGGACCUGGGACAGGGCUAUGUGAAUUUCUUACGGAAUAACAUGGACCAGAUACGUGGGAAAAUUGGUGACGAUUUAUGGACACUAAAUUUUUUCGAGCAAUGGUAUACACAGCAAGUUAUUAUGCUCAAUAAUUGGCUGUCGGAACGUUCGGAUAAUGCCCUGCAUUAUGCACAAGUCUCAUCUAUAUCUCAUAUUAUCAAGAAAAUAUAUUCCGACUUUGAACUGCAAGGUGUUUUGGAAGACAAGCUAAAUUCGAAAGCUUAUCAGACGGUGUCUGUUCGUAUGGCUACUGAAGAAGCAACUUGCUCUCUAACAAUGCCCGAAGUCGCCGAAGGAGAUGAGGCCUGUGAUGAUAUUCGAGAAGCGGAUGAGGAAGACACUGGCGAAGAAUCCAAUAUGCCUAGGGGCUUACCCAAAUCAAAAGUAGCUGCCGCUCAAGCUGCUGCUGUCACCAAUGUUGUUGCUGGACGCGUUGGAAAUUUGUUGGGAAAAGGUAUCGGCGGACUAAGCUCGAAGUUGGGAAGCGGAAGCUGGUUUUAAAAAAUGUUAGGGCAUUUUUUUGAUUUAUUUUAAUUAAAAUAUUUCUUUUACUUUUAUUACCAAAUUUUUUUAAACUACUCAUUUAAAAUUGGAUUUUUUAUUCUCGUUAUAUUAUUAUUUUAACCAGAAGUUAGAAAAGGAGAAAUUAAUUUUGAACGAAACGUUUAAUAGUGCUUAAUAUAAUGAAGGAAAAAGAGGGUGAGGUCGGUGGGGAAUAUAUGAGAAUUCCCAUUUCUCGAACUUGUUGGAAGAGUUUUAAUUUUUCGUUUCUAUAAAGCGAAUUUAUACGUUAAGUUAUAUUUAUUUAAAUUAAGGCUCCUUUUACGCUUAUACAAACACAAUCCUUGUUGAUCAAACUGUGAGUAAGUAAGUAUUUGUGGUAGAGGCGGGAAGAGUCCUUGCUGUAGGUUAACUAUAAUUGUUUGUGGCGAAAUCCACUAAUGAAUAAUAUUGCUAUUUUUAUUUAUAUAUUUCAUUAUGGAGAAGCAGCUUAAAACACAGAAUUUUGAUCUAUAUAAGUAUGGAAAAUAAACAGUUACUGUUCGUCAAACUGUCAGAUUAUAUAUACUUUCAGCUACAGAUUAUGUACAUUAGCUUGUCGUUACCCAUCAUUGGCUUAACGAAUUAAGUAUGUCCGUCUGUCCGUCCGCCCAUCUUUUUAUUUGUAGGCAAACAGUUUUGACUAUAACAUGAAAAUUACUUACUUUUCCAUGAUAAUUUAAAAAAUUCAGAGCAUUCAAAAUCGGAUACCUGUGUCAUACAUAUAACUGCCAUAGAAACGAAAGCGAUCGUUAGAAGUGCUCUGUGACGGAUUCAUAUUAUAGUAUCGAGGAUUAGUGAUUUUCAUUACUGUUUCUGAACAUAUGCCAAGAAGAUAUAGGCAAUAGCUUUUUCAUGACCAUAACAGUAAAGGCAGAUUCUCGGCCCUUAAAGCCUCUUUUAUUGUUUAUUAUUGAUAUUAUUUAUAAUUUCUUAAUCAUAUUUUUCCUUUUUUUAACUGGGUUUUAUUGGUAAAACUUUUUGAUUUUAAAUUAUGUGCAAUUGGCAUUUAAUUUAACACACGGCUCUAGACUGCAAAGUCAAAUUGGCAUGACGCGAAAUAUUAAAAUAACGGUAAAAUAUUUAACUACACCGUAUUGUAUCAUGCUUAUACUUA